CUCCCGCAUGCACACAAAUUCAACUAGCAGUGUGUGUCUCGCAGUGCGCACUGCCUCUUGUGCGUAACUGGCGACACAAGGCUUAAAACAAAAAAACAUACAGCACUGUGCACGGGAAAGACCGAGAGAUAACAGAAACAACAUGUUGCUAAUGCUCCUGGAACGUCACCCUAACAUGGAGACUUACUUAUCUGGUUUCCGGACUUUAUAGUGGCAACAACUUACUGGAUACGUUGUGACCACGGAGCGAGCUGGGCUUGUGUCGCCAACAUUUUGCGGAUCCUCUAUGAAACUGAAGAUGAGAGCAGCUCGCCAAGACGCAAUGGAACCUCGGGUAUUUUACCAAUGUGCUCUACAUCUGUUCACCGAUCACACAACCUAACGCACAUCGCGUCUCCACCGAUUACAUUCUCUAGGACUAAUGACAUGAUCAACAUUUGAAUGCCUCCAAAUUAAGUGUUUUGGAGCGGAAAGGCACACACUAAAAAUUUACCAAGAGAAGAUGCGUUCAGGAUGGAUGUAGCCAAGUUUACCACCGUUACCAAUACCUCACAGGAUACCAACACCUCGAGCGCCCCAAGACCUCUCCCGCAAACGGAGGUGGGCUCCGCGCUCAUAAUCCUUGUGGUCACCGUGAUCAUUCUGGUCACCAUCGUCGGUAACGCGCUGGUCAUCGUGGCCGUGCUCACCAGCCGGGCUCUGCGCGCCCCCCAGAACCUUUUCCUGGUGUCCCUGGCGUGUGCAGACAUCCUCGUGGCGACACUGGUCAUCCCGUUCUCCCUUGCCAAUGAGGUCAUGGGUUACUGGUACUUUGGGAGCACAUGGUGCGCCUUUUAUCUGGCACUGGACGUCCUCUUCUGCACCUCCUCCAUAGUCCACCUGUGCGCCAUCAGUCUGGACCGCUACUGGUCAGUCACCAAGGCCGUGAGCUACAACCUGAAGCGGACCCCCAAGCGAAUCAAGUCCAUGAUAGCCGUGGUGUGGGUCAUCUCCGCCGUCAUCUCCUUCCCACCUCUCAUAAUGACCAAGCACGACGAGCAUGAGUGUCUGUUAAACAACGAGACCUGGUACAUCCUAUCUUCUUGCCUCGUGUCCUUCUUCGCCCCGGGCCUCAUCAUGAUCCUGGUGUACUGUAAGAUCUAUAAAGUGGCCAAGCAGCGCUCCUCCACUGUGUUCGUAGCUAAGAACGGCCUGGAGAGGCAGCCCUCUCAGUCAGAGACGUGCUUCGUGAGGAAGGAGCGGAUGGAGAUGGAGAGCCCCAGUAGCCAGAGCUCCGAGGACCACCACAGGCAGGAGGAGCUGGAUUAUAUCGAUUUAGAGGAGAGCUGCUGUGCGUCGGACAACAAACCACGGAACCACCGAUUCUCCAAGCGUAGGAAGGUGGAGGUCUCGGACUGCUGCCCGCGACAGAGCUGCCGCCUCUCCUGGGCCUCAGCGCGCGCCUCACAGCUCUUCCAAGACCCCCAAAACGCUACCAACGCGACCCUGGUGACCCAGCGACAUCACCUCGCGGCCCAUCGGCAUCACCUCGCUGCGGUUGCGUCCAAGACCAAAGUGGCCCAGAUGCGCGAGAAGCGCUUCACGUUCGUGCUGGCCGUGGUGAUGGGGGUGUUCGUGCUCUGCUGGUUCCCUUUCUUUUUCACAUACAGCCUGCACGCGAUCUGCAGGGAGAGCUGCUACAUACCCGGCGCGCUCUUCAACGCCUUCUUCUGGAUUGGCUACUGUAACAGCUCAGUGAACCCUAUCAUAUAUACAAUUUUCAACAGGGAUUUCCGUAAAGCCUUUAAGAAAAUCGUAUGCCGGACUUCAAAACGCACUAAUACCACUUGAAAAGAAGGGUCACUUUGAAGCUGUGACUGACUGACUGUGCGUCACUGCUCAUCGAAACAGACGUCAGUUCUUCACCCAAGCACGCAUCCCUGCACCUCUGAAGGACUAUAUUCGUUUCAAAAGGAACGUUUUUAUUUAUUAAUAAUAAUAAUAAUAAUAUGAUAUCAAAAUAUCUCGUGUUGUGCGCUAAUGUGUGAAUAUUAGAAACAAUGUACAGAGGAAAUAGGAUAUAUUAAACAAAAGCUAAAUAGAGUAUUGUCAUUGAUGAUUUAAUAUGGCUCUACUGAAUCAUAUUGACCCCUGCUUUCAAACUUAGGAAUUCAUUUAAUAUUCAGUGAGAUCCCUCGUAUAUUUAGGCCACAGCAUAAUAAUUCCAGCGCCUUUUUACGACCCGUUCUUUUCUGCACUUUCAUUCAUCUUUCAUGUCCCAUAAAGAUAUGAAAAAAAAAUGUAGUUCAGAGUAAAAGUGAAGUCAUAACUCCGAUUUCAAGGCUGAUGGAGCUGUGUGUGUGGCACUGGGAGGUUUAAGUUUUCCCCCCAAAAAUAUUCAUCAAACUGUCAUCAAUAAGAUAUGAGACUGAGUUGACGUACAUUUUUUUCUUUCACUUUGACUUUUUCAAAGAAUCUCAAAACGCAUAUAAAGUAAAAAAAACAAAACAAAAAGUUGAAAUGAUAGAGAUUGAAAGUGUCCGUCGGCUUCGGAUGAAGUUGAGGCAGUUUGGACCGGAAAGGCAGUGUAGAUUCACUGUACACGGUUGUAGUAUCUACUUAGGCAUUUCUUUCAUGAGUAGCCAAACUAAUUAGGAAUGACAGCAAUUGCUUGGUCGAGUUUAAUAGAGAUGUGUCAAAAUGUCAUUCACUUUGAGUCGUUUUUAAUCCAUUCUUAUCGAAAACGGUAUCCGAUUAUGACUGAUGUCAGGUGGGUUGAUGACGCAGAUCUCUUUGAGUGGGCUUCGGGUCUCCCUCAUUGCUGAACCCCUAAAUAAAUACAUGCGCUGUUGUCCGUGGUGCUGAAACGCCGCGCACUACGCUGAUGGCACUUUGCUGUGACGCGAAAGGCAUAUUCAAUGGUUUGCAAAACCAUAUAUGACCUGUUAUUAAUCAGACAAAUAUAGUGAUAUGGGAAUAUAUCUCAUGAUAUUGUGCCUCAUUUAGACACUGUAUGUAAGCAGAUAGAUCGAUCACGCGUUGCGCUUUUGCUAAAAUGAAUGUAUCCUCAUAAGUGAUGAGAAAUGAAGAUUGGGAGAAAUUGUCUAUGGUAUGAGCCACCUUCAUAGCAUAAACACAAUCUAAUAUGAUUUAUGAUGCAAUUAUUUUAAUCUUCAGCCAAAGAAGAAGCUAUUGGCCAGAAGAUUAAAAGCAGACCUUGAAAUCAUUAAUCAGACAUUCUUGAGUGUGCUCCAUGUUUUAACAUUUGGAAAUAGAAAACUGUCGUCACUACAAGUGUGUCACUAAAUGCUCCAUAAUAGUGUGUGUGUGUGUGUCACAGGCGGCUGGUGGCACCUUCAUUGGGGAGGACAGGCUAGAACGGCGUGUACUUAGCGGUAUAAAACACAUUAAACACAUAGUUUGAUACCAAUCCAUUCACUCCAUUCCAGCCAUUAAUAUUAGCCAUCCUCCCUUCUACCAGCCUCACCAUGUGUGUGUGUGUGUGUGCGAGAGAAAGAGAUAGAGGGAGAGAAUUGGCCAUAUUACAGACAGGAGCGACAUGAGAGUGAUUCAGGGAUGUCAAAGAAGACAUGUGCGUUAGAUCUCUAGAUGUGUUGGAUGUGGAGACUGACAAUGGAUGUUGUCAUGGGUACGUCAUAUACUGUAGAGCUGCUGGGUGAAGGGUUAAGCAGAAGGUGAUGUGGAGACUGACAAAUUACAUUAUGAGGAAAUAUGGGCUAGCGACUCUAAGGCUGUGGUUUUCAUACCCAGAGAAGCCACACACUUAUCAUGUAGGAUAGAUGUAAAUGUUGCUUUGGACCUUUGUUCUAUACAUAGCCAAUCAGAACAUGUUACACUUGAACUGGGUCAUGUCUCAUGUUGGGGCGUUCAAGACAUACAGGGGAUGUAAAUUCAAAUACAGUAUUAUAGAGAAUAGGGUGAUAUAGGGAUACUAGUGCAUGAGAAAAACAGAAUGUGGUCAGGGAGAGGGAAGCCAUCUUGGUUAUAUUGUCUGAGCCCCUGGCAGGGGGUGAGAAAUAAAUACACUAUUUAUAUCCACUGAAGAAUGUCUUCAAAGUUCCUAUGCCAUCAGACGUAUUGACAUGGUGCCAAACACACUAAACUGGACCAAAAGUAUUUAACAGUCCAGUGGCUGAGAAAAAUAAGAAAUCAAACAAGGCAUCAUUGGGUUCCCCUGGGCUUUACUGAAGUAGAGAUGCUUUAACAAGUUGUUUGGGUUUAUUCAGGAGGUGGUUGUAAGGGGAGGGAGGGAUCAGGCACUCUUUCUUAUGUCUAUUUUAUCUCUAAGGGAGAUGGUCUGAAGAGUGAUGCAUAUUAUUUAUAAACAGAAAUAGAGAUUGCAUGAGAUAUGCAGGACUGAUUUGACGACGGAGACUAUAUAUUUAGCGCAAACAUCUGCUGUUGGUGGAAUUCAUUCAAAUGUUUCGCAUACAUAGAUUGAUCCCCAGUUAUAACUCUUCACCUUUGACCUACGAUUGAAUCAUCGUCAGCUUCAUUCCAAAACAACUAUUUUCAAGCCAGCAAGGUCACAGUUCUGUAAAUGUGUUAUUGGUGUGUAAUGUAAUUAAUCAAUGGAUAUAUACUCUAUGUAGCAUAUAUAGUGACUUCAGAAAGUAUUCACACUCCUUCAUUUCCCCCACAUUUUGUCGUGUUACAGCCUGGCCUAUACACAAUACCCCAUAAUGUCAAAGUGCAAUUAUGUUUUUAGAAAUGUUGACAAAUGUAUAAAAAAUGUGGAGCUGAAAUGUCUUGAGUUAAUAAGUAUUCAAUAGGUAUUCUACCCCUUUAUACGGCAAGCCGAAAUAAGUUACGGAGGAAAAAUGUGCUCAAUAAGUUGCAUGGACUCACUCCGUAUACACUAAUAGUGUGUAACAUGAGUUUUGAAUGACUACCUCAUCUUCGUACCCCACUCAUACAUUUAUCUGUAAGGUCCCUCAGUUGAGCAGUGCAUUUCAAACACAUAUUCAACCAUAAAGACCAGGGAGGUUUUCCAAUGCCUCACAAAGAAGGGUAUCUAUUGGUAGAUGGGUAAAAAAUAAAUAAAGCAGACGCUGAAUAUCC